AUGACUUUAUCAUCUUUGGAGCAUCGGCUCACAUAUCACAUACGAACAUGGUUGACUAACUCAUUUAAAUGGUCAACAAUCCAUAGUUCUACAUUCAUUAUUUCAUUAUUUGCAUGCAUAUCGGCUGGCCUUUUGAACAUGGUUUCAGUAUACACUAUACCGUGGCAAUUAAGAUUAGGUUACUCGUCGUUGGAUGUGAAUUUGAUUUCCGCUGCAGCAAAUUUAGGUGCUUAUUUAACACCUCCAAUAUUAGGAGUUUUAUCGGAUUCGCAUGGACCAGUUAUUUUGAGCUGGUUAUCGUUUAUUGGGUAUGUGCCUAGUUAUCUAUACCUAUCUCAUGUUUUUCGCUCAGGACAUGACCCAAAUUUCAUCGUAUCAGUAGUUGCGUUUGCCGUGGUCGGAAUAUCUACCAGUUCUUUAUAUUUUGGAGCUCUAGUUACAUGCGCAAAGUUGUAUCCUGACAAAAAGUUAUUGUCUAUCAGUUUUCCUACUACCUGUUUUGGAAUAUCAUCGCUCAUUGGAUUGCAAGUUCUUAAGCUGCCAUUUUUCCAUUCCAAAAAAGAAGGAUACUUGGAUCUCGGAGUUGUGUUCGGAACCUUUGCCGUCUUCUACUCUUUUGUGUUCAUAUUGACUUGGAUUUCCACUAGCACUAUAUCUAUCAUGAAACUACGCUUGGCGCUUGCUGAAGAACAAGAGCAGGAACAGGAACAAGAGCAAUGUUUGGGUUCCGAAGAAUCACCGUUAUUAGGACCACAGCGAAAAAAGGACCAAUUUUAUAUUAAAAUAAGAAACUUCGCAACAGAUUAUCUUGCAUACAGCUUCUUGGCUGUUAUGCUUCUCGGUUUGGGUGUUUUAGAGAUGUUCAAUACUAAUAUGGUGAAUUUAAGCAGUUUGAUUCUUGGUCCCGAAUCGUCAUAUAAUGUGCUAACACAAUUCUCGAUAUUUUCGACUUGUUCAAGACUUGUUUCUGGAUGUCUUGUUGAUCUUUUCACCAAGUGGCAAUGGCCUAGAAUCACGUUGAUAUUUUUUAUACUAAGCGUCGCAAUAUUGGCCCAAGUAGCUAUUAUUCACGCUAUGAACGUAGUGGAUGUCACAUACUUAUCGAUUGCGAGCGCAAUCUGCGGACUUUCUUAUGGUGGACUUUUUACAGUAUUCCCCUCGCUAACCCUAAACCUUUGGGGAGAUCAAGUUUUUGGAACUGCCUACGGUACAUUCAUGUUAGGACCUGCUAUGGGUUCUGCGUUCUUUGGCAUUGCGUACGCCCGCGUCCACGAUUCUAAUUGUAAAUCCACUAGCACUUCAUCUCAUCAACAUCCAAAUCACAAUCCAUUGGCAGAAUCUCCAAAUUGUAUUGUGCCGGUGUUCAAAAUAUCCACUGCUGCCUUAUCUUUUGCGAUGGGAAUCAUACUCAUCGCUACUAUAAUGUCAAAAAGACUUAGGAAUGCAUAA